CAAGCAAACCUUUAUAACUGGAGGUGAUUUUCUGUGACCCGUUUGAUUUCAAGAUGCGGUGUCGAACCGCCAAGUGGUCUCCUCUUAAUUCUCUUCUCAUCGUCGCCGCAAUUUUAUUUUCGACAUCAGCUGCUGCCUUUGUCGAUCCGAAAAACAGCGAUUCCGAAAACCAAUCGAGCAGGCAACAGAAUUAUUCAAAUUCAACAUCUACCUUGGAUCCAACAAACCAGAUACGAUUAAAGAGAAGAUGGUCCAACACGUACGGCACAUCACGGGUUGAACCUCGACUCUAUUUUCCUACUUUUGCAACGCCUCGCCCACCUCCCGGUCUACACUUCAAGGGCUACAACCAACCAAAGGCACCGAUUGGUUAUCCGAUUGCCAGACCACCAGUACCUUCUUAUAGUCCGCAACCUAAUAGACCCGCACAGCCCUCACACACUUAUGGAGUUCCCAAACCAACCGGAUACCCAGCGUCGUCCAACUAUCAUCACCAAAAUCACCAGGAAGUAUACUUUACAUACCCACCAGCUACGAGUGUCGGUUAUCCUCAAACGACGAGCACUCCGGUUGGAUCUUAUGGAUCUGGGUACCCGUCAGGCUACCAGUCAACGCCACCUCCGAACAAACCAAAUUAUGAGGUCACACUUCCUACUCCAAACCCCAGUUAUUACGUCACAACCAAACCGAACCAUUAUGUCACUACGCCUUCGACCCCUUAUCCUUCUCCCAAACCAACCUAUCCGGUACCGAUAGGCCAAACGAAUUACCCAGGCUAUCCAGCAUCUAAUGGUGGAGGGUCGUACAAUCCUCCGCCGAGUUCAGGUUACCCGUCGCCAGGACCAGUAGUCGCACCAAGCAAGCCUAUUAAUUAUCCGGUACAUUCCUCGUCCAGCUAUCCAAGUUACCCAGCGUCCAGUGGAGGUUCCUACCCCAUAUCUUCUUCAGCCGGUGCAUCACACCUUCCCAUUUUUGUGUUUAUUCCGAAGCCUGGAUAUUUCCAAGGAGAUCACAACUCCAAACCGGGUAACUAUCACAAACCGACUGGCACGUCUCCGCCUCAUUACUAUCCAGCACCUAAUCCGCCCGUAGUGCCUCCAUACUAUCCACCAGCCAAACCUGUCAAACCUGUCAAACCGGUUGGUGUGUAUCCUUCGGCUAAGCCACCCAGCACAGCGUACGGUUUGCCCAAACCCCAACAACGACCCACGCAACAAUAUUAUCCUUCGUCUCAAUCGGGUUCGUAUGGAAAUGAAAAUGUGAGGCCCAGUUAUUCAAACAAUUCACCAACAGGGACAAGUAAAAACCAAGUUAGUAACUACAAGAGCAACGAGGAUUUGUUGACGACGAGAAAACCAUUCGAUGUUCACCAUCUGUCGGCUGAUUAUAGACCUAAUAGUCAACAGACAGCACAGGCUCAACCUAGCGUGUUCCAGAGAGGCAACAUUUUGCAACGACCGGUGAAUUCACAUCAGCCUGCAGUCAGCAGCGACUUCAUUUCUCUUCCAGAUACGAUUCAACUGGAAAGCGCAGUCGGUGGCAAUCAGAAUCAAAGUUGGACAAUCGGAGCCGCAUCCAGUCAAGUUGUCUCUGUUACGGAGCAUCCUAGAGCUGCUUUCAACAAUUUAGUACCUUCUUACCAAGAUGAGUUUCGUAUACCCUUUCAAUCGAACUAUCCAAAGCCGCCUGUCAAUGAUUGCGGAGGAUCGUGGGUAGUUCUCCAACAGCCCACAGGUGGCUUCGCCGAUCCAACUCAAGUCCAAAUAGAACCGAUCCGCCCUCAGUAUGAAAAUUCUCAUAGAUUUCAUUUUAAAUCGAAUGACCAACUUUUUCGAAGUCCAAGUGAAGUGGGAGUCUCGGUUGAACCUUUUCCGUCGGGAAUCAACGAACCUUUUGUACCGGAAUCGAUUUCCAACAGCAACGAACCGUACACCCCAGAUUUUUUAAUUUUCUCAACCACUCCGAAUCCUGAAUUAGUGUCGACCACGGAGGAGGUGGUCGAUCCUGGAGAAUGGAGGAAACCCAACAACCUGAUCUCUUCGUUUUCGUUCAAUCCAAGAGAAUCGAUCCCAUCAGUCGAUCGUGCAAUUUCGUCUUCUGGGCAAUUCAGUAGCGGAAUAACCGUCAUCCGUCCCGAUGACACAACCAUCCCGGCACUCACCUCUACGGAAAAUUCCAUCAUUUUGUCGCUAAAUGCCAUUAAUUUGAGCGAUCCCCAAAAUGUUAUCGAUUUGGAACAGUCGGAGAUUAAGAGUCCGUCUCCAUUUUUAGUCGACAUCUCAUCCAGCGACGAAAACGACAGCAAAGAAGCGAAAAGUGUCAGUCUGGCGUCGGACAACAAUGUCGUACCUCGUGAAACUUCGUCGACGAUAGAAGAAGAAGAUUCGGAUCGAUUGAGUCGUCAUCUGCGCUCCGCCAACCUGCGGGUAAUCUCCUCGUUGAUCAGCCAAGCCGGAAUCGCUUCGCUCUUUCAAGACAAAGAUUACACACUGCUGGCGCCGAGCAACGCAGCGUUCAAUAAGAUUUCUGCUAUCCAGAGGCAACGAUGGGCCACUCGACCAGAUUUGCUGAGAGAGAUGCUGCUUCAUCACGUCAUACCGAAUCAUUUCAAUUCGUCUUUAUUCGAAAAUGAAGCGACUCCCACUACACUAGCUGGCGCCCACCGUCUCCGGAUUAACAUUUACAACGCUACGGAGAACAGAGAGACCAUAACGACAGUCAACGGUGCCCGAGUCUUGACAGCUGAUCUACGUUUAGGCAAACUGUUGGUACAUGUCAUUGAUCGCGUUCUCUUGCCAGGGAAUUUCCCUCCACAAACAAUAUUGGACAUCCUCAACGACGGCGGUUUGCAAGCUUCGCUAUUGGGUCCAGCCCUUACAAAGGUCCUCUCAUCUGACUCCCCGCUGUCUGUCUUCGUCCCGACAACUGAAGCAUUUUUGAGCGUCAGCCAAGAUGAGCAGCGCCUAUUCCUGAACAACGAAACCGCCUUUCACAAUUUGCUUUGGUAUCACAUCGUUCCCGGAACUUAUUACAGCGAGGGCCUGGAGGACGGCCAGUUGUUGUCCACCUUGCACGAUGUCGGCCGUCUCCGCGUCGACCUCCGACGCCAAAACAGAAAAAGUAAAUUGGCGAGGAUCAACGGGGUGGCGAACGUGAUCGAGAGUGAUGUGAGUGCAUCCAACGGAGUGGUCCACUUCAUCGACCGGAUUCUCACCGACAUACUCUUCUAGUAUAGCGCCGACAGCAGCAGCAGCAGUAGCGGACGGAACUGGCUGGACAUCAGCAGCAACACGCGCCGGUCAUUCCCGCACCUUUUUCGUUUGUUUGCUUCGGUUCCCCCCACCUUUUUUUUUCCCUUGUUUUCUUUCCUUAUGUUUAUGUUUACUUUCUAGCGCCUUCACUCGACUUCUCAAGUGCACAGUGUAUACAAGUAUAUAUAUCAAGUUGGUCAGUUCACAGCUGCCUAGCAGCUCAGGAGCCAGCCCCCCAAAAAUAAAGAAAAAGAAUAAAACAAAAGCUGUCACAAUACCUA